GUCGUACAGUGGCUACAUGACAACCUCACGGAUGGGUGCACCGCUCGGGCAAUAAACUGGACAGCAAUGUACAAGCUCUUCGAUGUUGUACGGUGGCUUCGUAGGAAUGAAUACGAAGCUUACCCAGGGCAGGCACUCUACAGAGCUGUGGGAGCGGGAUAUUUUGAUGUUGAAUUCUUAACCGGUUUGGAUUGGCGUGACGACGAGAGCGGCUGCACUACGAAUGCCAUGAACGCUGCCGCUGAAAAUGGAUACUUAAAAAUUGUCAAAUGGCUUCACUUAAAUCGAGCCGCUACAGGAGCCAUGAACUCAGCCGCCAAAAAUGACCAUUUGAACAUUGUCAAGUGGCUGCAUCAGCACCGAACGGAGGGUCGCACUACGAAGGCCAUGGACUAUGCUGCCUUGAACGGACACCUGAAAGUAGUGCAGUGGCUCCAUUCCAACCGACGGGAAGGCUGCACGACUCGUGCUAUGGACUUUGCCGUCGAGCGUGGAAUUCUCGAAGUCGUCAAAUGGCUACACGAGAAUCGGUCAGAAGAGUGUUCAACCAACGCCAUGGACUGCGCAGCGUGA